GGCUGUCAGAAGAUGUGGGUAGGGCAGACGUUGCCCUCGGCGUGAUGACGCAAAGACGUAGCGCUCGGGGGUCAGAGGUCACGGCGGUGGACGCGGUGUGCGUCUUUUCGUCCGUUAUAUGAGAGAUCGUUAUCCGUCCGCCCGGGCUCUCUCCAUGCGGGGGCAGAACGGGCGAGAGCAUGACCCGGAGAGCAGUUAGCAGGAAGAGGAAGGCGGCCCCGGGAACCGGAGAACAGGCUGACUGGGACCAUGCCCCUCAGAAGCGGAGGAGACUUCCUCUACAGAAGAAGUCCGUGGUGUAUUACCUGAAAACCAGGGAACUGAAAGCUCCGGGUGACAGCAACUACCACCACCUGUUGCGUAGCUGCGCCGCUCAGACGCUCCCCGGGAUUCUCAAGGAGAGAGAGUUUAACCUUGGCACACUCAACAAGGUGUUUGCUUCGCAAUGGCUAAACCAUCGGCAGGUUGUUUGUGGAACCAAAUGCAAUACGUUAUUUGUGGUGGAUGUCUUUACCGGGCAGAUUACGAAGAUUCCCAUAUUAAAGGAUCGUGAACCCGCCAAUACAGCACUACAGAGCUGCGGCAUCCAUGCCAUCGAGGUCAAUCCUUCCCGAACCCUUCUGGCUACCGGAGGUGAUAACCCCAACAGCCUGGCCGUCUACCGGCUUCCUACCCUGGAUCCUGUCUGUGUGGGAGAUGAGGGUCACAAUGACUGGAUUUUCUCUAUUGCAUGGAUUAGUGACACCCUGGCAGUUUCAGGGUCCCGGGAUGGUUCGAUGGCUUUGUGGGAGAUAAACGACGAGGUGAUGAAUAAAUGUAACAUCCAACACAACCUUUCUCGGGUGCCGGUCUACGGACAUAUUGACCACAAGGCUUUGAAAGAUAUCCCCAAAGAAACUAACAACUCCUCCAACUGUAAGGUGCGCGCCCUGGCCUUCAACAGCAAGAACAAGGAACUGGGUGCCGUGUCCCUGGAUGGUUAUUUUCACCUGUGGAAAGCGGAACAAACACUAGCUAAGCUUCUCUCCAUCAAGUUACCGUACUGCAGAGAGAACGUGUGCCUGUCUUAUGGCCUGGAGUGGUCGGUCUAUGCGGUGGGAUCGCAGGGUCAUGUUUCUUUCUUGGACCCCCGGCAGCCCCCACAGAACGUCAAGUCGGUGUACUGCAGGGAACAGGGCAGCGGUAUCCGAUCGGUGAGCUUCUAUGAACAUAUAAUCACCGUGGGGACUGGACAAGGCUCCCUCCUCUUCUAUGACAUUCGAGCUCAAAGCUUUCUGGAUGAUUCUAUUGGCAGUAUCCAGCCUUCAAAGUCUAGAGGAGAGAUGCUGAAACUGUCUACAGGAAAAGGCUGGUUGAACCAUAACGACAUGUGGAGGAACUACUUCUCGGACAUUGACUGCUGCCCAAAUGCUGUUUACACCCACUGCUAUGACUCGUCUGGAACGAAGCUCUUCGUAGCAGGUGGUCCUCUGCCAACGGGUCUUCACGGAAACUACGCCGGCCUCUGGAGCUAGUGAACGCAGCCCAAAAGAAACGGGCGCUGCCUAUUGCCUCCUCCCACGCUGGAGGGCAGAGACCAGAAUAAAGGGGGCUCCACUUAAAUGACUCCUGCCCAGAAUUUUUUAUUUUUUUUGUCUUUUGUUUUGUGAAGACGAUGCUUUAUUCGAAGAUGUUGGUCAUCCAAUUUUUGUCUUAAAAUGAAUCAAAGCUUUUACAAAAAAAAAAAAAAAAUUGCUUCUUUUUUAAGAAGUUUUCUUUUACUUAAAUUUGAGAUACUUUCACACACAGUCUUAAGAUCCUCCCUAUUUUUUGUUUUAAAUUGAGCUGCAGUCCCUCUCCUCUCUUGAGAAAACUGGCCUUUCCAAGAGGGAAUGUCUGAAGUGUCCGACACUCUCAGAACUGUCGUCCUUGUGACUGCUGCCAUGCCAGGUCCUCCUCCAGUAAUAACAGCUCUCCUAGUUUUUGUCACCAGCACUCUGAAUUUGUACAGCACCUGAGAUCAGGAAUACUCCAGAACAUUCCAGCCAGAAGGACCCAUGCCGUGACCACUUUGCCGUACUUGGUCAGGUCCAGAAAUGACUGCAGCUCCCCAAUAAACCAGCUUGGCCUCCUGUAAUUAGCUGUGGACAGAUUCAUUAGGUGGACACUACUGGGUUUUCUGUGAAAAUCCAGAGAUAUUAUGUAUGUGUGUGUGUGUAAGUACAUGCGUGUGUACGUGUGUGUGUGAGUACUUUUUGUGCUAAGUACAUUGCAUAACUUGGAGUGAAAAAAAAUAAUUAGGUCAUAAACAUUAUUGGUUAAAAAAAAAAAAAAAAAUCUUUAUCCAUUAGGUCCUGCUUGGAGGACUUUUUAUUUUAUCUUUUUUUUUUUAAAUGUAAAGAAUUCUAACAAAACUGUAUAAUGAGAGCAUUGAACCAAUAAAUCGUAAACAAAAUGUAUAUGAUGUGCUAUAAAUUUUGUGAUGAGAAAAUCCCAAAUCCGUACUCCUGUAUUUUAAUAUAAAAUGAAAAUGUUCUAUCUUA